AUGCGCACAUUUAAGCCAGUUUUCAACCGCUACCAGCUUCGUUUCCUCAUCACUCUGCCAACAACACCCCUUCAAAGCUUGUCCUCUUCUUUAUUCACCACAGCUUUUUAUUGUGGGGAUCGGUGUUGUUCUCAACCUGGUCGGUUAUUUUCGUCUGCAUCAAGGAACAACUUGCUGAUGGAGCUGGUUAAAGCAGUCGCCAGCAAAGGGGCAGCUACAGGCCAGAGCAUUGCCAUAAGAUCUGAAGAGAAAAGUUAUACAUAUCUUCAACUCAUUUCAUCUGCAUGGAGAGUGUCAAAUCUGUUAUGCAACAGUGACUUGAAAACUGUUGAUGAUCUUAAGGGAAACAAGCAUCUUGCUGGUGCCAGAAUAGGUAUUGUAGCUAAACCUAGUCCGGAGUUUGUGGCUGGCAUACUGGGAACAUGGCUCAGUGGAGGUGUUGCUGUCCCUCUUGCACUUAGCUACCCUGAAGCUGAAUUGUUACACGUCAUGAAUGAUUCGGACGUAUCCAUGAUUUUGAGUACUGAAGAUCAUCAGGAACCCUUAAAAACUGUAGCAGCUAAAUCUGCUGCUCAGUUUUCUCUUCUUCCUCUGGUUUCCAGCACAUCAGAGUCAACUGAGUCAGAUGAGGCGCAUAAUGGAGAGAAGAAUGUGGAUUGGAGCUUCCCAGAUGAGGACCCAGCGUUGAUAUUGUACACUAGUGGAACAACAGGCAAACCCAAAGGAGUUGUUCACACCCACAGAAGCAUAUUGGCUCAGGUGGAGUUCAUGCCUAAGUUUAGUGUUAGGGGAAUUUGGCAAAGAUGGCGUGAAUCAUACCCGGCAAAGGACAUUAAAAUUGACAACGCAAUAACUGUAUUUACUGGAGUUCCAACUAUGUAUACCCGAUUGAUUCAAGGUUACGAAGCAAUGGAUCCCGAGUUACAGGCUGUCUCUGCUGCAGGAGCUGGCCAGCUUCGCCUCAUGAUGUGUGGCUCCUCUGCUCUACCUCUCCCAGUCAUGCAGCAAUGGGAAACUAUAACAGGGCAUCGCCUACUGGAAAGAUAUGGUAUGACUGAGUUUGUCAUGGCUAUUUCUAACCCGUUGAAAGGUGAGAGGAAAGGUGGUACUGUUGGGAAACCAUUUCCUGGAGUGCAGGUCAAGAUCCUUGGUGAAGAUGGAACUGAAGAUGACAAAACAGGGGUUGGUGAACUCUGCAUCAAGAGCCCUUCAUUGUUCAAGGGAUACUGGAAACUGCCUAAGGUAACUGAAGAUUCCUUUAUAGAUGGUGGUUUUUUCAAGACAGGAGAUGCUGUUAGAGUAGAUGAAGAUGGAUACUACAUCAUUUUGGGACGUGAGUAUAUGUUGGUGUAUUUCGAUUCUUUGUCACUUUGUCAUAUGCCAUUAUUAUUGAGAGCUGCAAUUUAAUUUCACCGUAAAACUCUAGACGCCAUGUACAUCCAAAUGUGUUUAUCCUGAAGUUUCACUACCAUUUCUUCUUGUCUAAAAUUGAUGUUGAACCGCCUUAUUUUGUUGUGUUGUUCCCGUUCUUGAACGAGUUUAUGAAAAUUUUGUGGGAAGUUUCACAAAAGGAAUACAUAGUAGUUAUCUACAUUGCUGAAAUGGUUGGCCGCUCUAUAACUUCUUCUCCAGGUACUAAUGCUGAUAUAAUGAAAGUUGGUGGAUACAAGCUAUCUGCAUUGGAGAUUGAAGCAGUUCUUUUGGAGGUUUCUUCUUAGCUUGAACUUUGUGGAUAAUCUGAUGAACCAUUCUUCCCUUCAUGAAUAUGCUGAAGGACUUUUUUCAAUCUUAUGCUUGAAGAACGUACUUGAAUGCCCCUAAUUACGUCAUUGAAAUUCUUCCUACAGCACCAGGCUAUCUCAGAAUGUUGUGUUUUGGGCUUACCUGACAAAGAUUACGGAGAAGCUGUGUGCACAAUAGUUGUACCUGAUGCAGAAAUCAAGAGAAAAAGGGAGGCAGAGCUAAAGCCUGCACUAAGCUUGGAGGAACUUUCAACAUGGGCAAAAGAGAAACUUGCUCCAUACAAGGUAUGAUAUGCUUGCACCAUUUUGAUUACUUGCUAUGGGAGUUGUACAUUCUUCAUGGAGGAAAAUGUGACAUGUAUGACGGGUGUUCGCUGAAUGAGACCUUAUGUGAUUGUUGUUACCUUCAGUAAAGUUCUUGUUUAACGCACUUUGACUUGUAUCC